CUCAGUCUCAACAAAGACUCUUUCAAGUCAUCCUUGGAACGAGACUGGGUUCGAUUUAUCUUUUCCCCAUCUCAUCUCAAACCUGCUUCAUUCAUCGUUUUUCUCAUUCAGUGGCACACCCGCGCCACAUCUUCGACUCUCUACGGCGACGCGACUCGAACGCAUUCGCGUCAGACUCGUCAUUGCAGCUCCGCUGUAGAGAACAGCUUUCGCGAUAGCUUCCACACCAACAGUCUAACAGCUCGUGAAUCACAACCAAAAUGUCUCACGAGGAAGAUCUCAUCGAUUACUCCGACGAGGAGAUCGGUGGCAACGAGACCGCCGCGACUGCCUCCAACGGCAAGAAGGGCGAGCUCGCCGCCGGUAACAAUGUCGACAAGAAGGGCAGCUACGUCGGUAUUCAUUCGACCGGUUUCCGCGAUUUCCUCCUAAAGGCUGAGUUGCUUCGCGCCAUCGCCGACUGCGGUUUCGAGCAUCCAUCGGAGGUCCAACAAACCUGUAUCCCCCAGGCGCUCCUCGGUGGUGACAUUAUCUGCCAGGCCAAGUCCGGUCUGGGUAAGACUGCUGUCUUCGUUCUCGCUACGCUUCAGCAAGUCGAGCCCGUGAACGGAGAGGUCUCUGUGGUUGUCAUGUGUCACACUCGUGAGCUGGCCUACCAGAUCCGCGACGAGUACAACCGCUUCAGCAAGUACAUGCCCGACAUCAAGACCGGUGUCUUCUAUGGUGGUACUCCCAUCAAGACCGAUGUGGAGACGCUCAAGAACAAGGAGACCUGCCCUCACAUCAUUGUCGGUACUCCUGGUCGUCUGAAGGCUCUUGUCCGUGACAAGGCUCUGCGUCUUGGCAGCGUCCGCAUCUUUGUCCUCGACGAGUGUGACAAGAUGCUCGAUCAACCCGACAUGCGCACUGAUGUGCAGGAUGUUUUCCGUGCUACUCCUCAGCAGAAGCAGGUGAUGAUGUUCUCGGCCACCCUUUCCGAGGAAGUCAAGCCUAUCUGCCGAAAGUUCAUGCAGAACCCUACCGAGCACUACGUCGAUGAGGACACCAAGCUCACCCUUCACGGUCUCCAGCAGUACUACAUUAAGCUGGAAGAGAAGGAGAAGAACCGCAAGCUCAACGAGCUCCUGGAUGAUCUCCAAUUCAACCAGGUCAUCAUCUUUGUGCGCAGCACUGUCCGCGCCACUGAGCUUGACAAGCUUCUCCGAGAGUGCAACUUCCCUUCGAUCGCCGUUCACUCUGGUGUCAGUCAGGAAGAACGUAUCCGUCGUUACAAGGAGUUCAAGGAGUUCAAGAAGAGAAUCUGCGUUGCUACCGACGUUUUCGGACGAGGUAUCGACAUUGAGCGUAUAAACCUGGCGAUCAACUACGAUCUGUCCAACGAUGCCAGCUCUUACCUGCACCGUGUGGGUCGUGCUGGACGAUUCGGUACCAAGGGUUUGGCCAUCUCGUUCGUCAGCACCGACCAAGACCAGGAGGUGCUCAAGGAGAUUGAGAAGCGAUUCGAGGUCGCUCUACCUGAGUUCCCCAAGGAGGGUGUCGACGCCAGCACUUACAUGGCUUCCUAAAGUGCCCGACAACACUAUGGUGGGCACCACCACGACAAGAGCCAACUUCUUUCGCUGCUACGAGCCGAUAUUAACAAGCUGGGAAAUUGGAAUUGAGAUAUUAAGUCAGCGAAGGGCAAAAGUUGCAAACGUUUUAGUCUUGGUCAAAUGUAUUGAUUGUGUUUAAAUGGAUUCGUACUACGCUAUGGUAGGCUCUAGCGAGCCAAGUUCGUUCGCCGUUUAACAAGUAUGUGAUGUAUCUGCCAGUUCCCGAG